GCGUCCUUGCAAGAAAGAACGAACGAUUCUUAAACCAGUUCACUCACUCAUCCCAUUCAGUUGAUCAACAACGCCGUGUUGAUCAAAAUUGUAUCAGUUCGAUCGCGACCGCUGUCACUGUCUGUUAUUACGUGUUUUUGUGAUAGUAAAUAAAAACAUAAUCAUGCCUAGCCUGAUCUUUGACAAGUGUUGCAUCUGCAUCGAGCUGAAGACUGGAUGCCUCAUCAUCGGCUACCUGGAGCUGGUGGGCGAGAUAAUCUUGAGUCUCCUAAUCCUGGUCUCCCUCCUGGCCGGAGGCGUGGCCAUCAACUCCGACGACCAGGAGGUGAAGCAAGUCGGAGUCGGACUCCUCAUCAUUUCGGUCAUAAUGCUGCUGGCUCUGGCGCUGCUGCUCGCCUUCACCAUCACGCUGCUCGUCGGUCUGCAUAAGGACAAGCGUGGCCACGUGAAGGCGUACCUGAUCUACGCGGCCAUCUUCUUCGGCAUCAUCGUGAUCAUGUUCUUCUCCGGCCUCAGCCAGGGCCCGCCUAUCUCCAACAUCAUGUCAAACAUCAUUGGCUUGAUGCUCCAUGCGUACUUCCUCCUGGUGAUCAGGAGCUACUAUCACAAGAUGAACGACACCAGCAAGGGCGCCAUCUACAACACCGCCUAAGUGCAAAGUACCUCAAGCUUGAUCUUUCAUAUUUAGGUGGGGUCUAGCCACACAGUCGUUUAUAAGAAACGACUAUCGAAACAAGAGAACGGACCCAGCCCUCGCCAUAUCAAAGUUAUGCUCUCAUUUCAAAACGACAUUAACCCUUUGACCGCCACCGUCGGCUAUGGCCGACAUCUGAAAGACUUGCCAAGGACGCCAACGACGGCUACAGCCGACAGUUUCGCCAAUGCAAUAGGGACUAACGCGGGACUCCGUAAAGUUCAAUUUGGCUUAAAUAAUCGUGAUCGCCUGCGUCCGGGGCACGGCAUGUUCCUUCGCCGUCUGGAGUUCAAAAGGUUAAAAUAUCAUAUUUACAGUACAUAUGGGGCUACUUUAUAGCACUAGUGCGAGAAGUAGCAUAUUACGUUACUGUGUCGAACAUUUAAAGGGCCAUAUGUACUGUAAAACGUUGUACGAUACAUGUGCGAAUAGGUAAUUCGCAACUCGUGUCGAUUUAAAACACUCCCUUCGGUCGUGUUUUAAUUUAUCGCCACUCGUUUCGAAUUUCCUAUUUUUCGCACUUUUAUCGUAAUGUACUAUUUUAUGUCUGGUACUAUUUUUCAUUGCUAGAAAUUGGAAGCAAAUUGGGGAGUUAUUGAGGCAUUACUAUAGAGAAGCCAUAUCAAACAAAUAAAUUAGCGCAAUCGCAACUUGUAGGCGAAGGAAGCGGGCCGUGAAUCACGCGGCCAAAACGUCGUAAGCGCUGGUAAGUUUUUGGCGCUUACGCGUUUACGUCGCGAGAAUGCCGCCCGCUUCCAUAGUUUGGCGUCGAUCGAAACAUUGCGCAAAAUACUUUGUGACGGUUCAACUCAUUGCGCAAAAUACUCUGUGACGGUUCUACACGUCGUAAUAAUAGUUCACUGGUGAGAAUAGAAGUUUUACAUACAAGAGUCAAAGUUUUGAGUGGGAGCGGCUUUGUCGGAGCGGGUUCGUAUGACCCUUAAUCGAAUGGUCCGAGCGAACUGUCGUUUUAGCACAAAAUUGGCACAAAUGAACAAUUUGGCACUAAAUCGACCAUUGAAUCUGAAAUAUAACAACACAGAUUAAAUAAUGUAGCUGUCGGCGGCCGAUCGUAAGAUCAGACAGAUCGUGGAAGGUGAAAAUCUUUGUCUCGUUCCCUGAGUCGACACGCCGCGGAGCUCCUAUUUCUGGACAAUUUGCCUUAAUUUGCCUUCGCGCAUCUGAAGCAACCUAACGGACUUAUAUAUUAAUGGGUUAAUAUGAAUACCGUCAAAACAUUACACAAGGAACUUAACGAUCUGCCUAAUCUUACGAUCGGCCGGCGACAUAUCAGUAAUGGAUCAAGUGACUUUCUGUUCACGUCUGUCUUUCUGUUGUAAGUUUGUUUGUCGUUUGUUAUACACGAUUGGAGUCUAGGGCCUUUGACGUUAAUCCCACGCGGCUAAAUCAAUGUUGCUUAUAUAUAAUUAAGGUAGAUUAAGGAUUACUUUUAUUUUCAUAUUGUUUACAGAAUUCUUAUGGAGUUCAUGAUUUUGCAUUUUUAAGGAUAAGUUUUUCUUUUUCUCAUUCGUUCACAACUGAUUCGUAAAUAUGUGCUUGUCAAUGUAAAAUCUUGCUAUAUCGACCGUUUAUCUGUUUGUUUUUUUAAAUAUUUUUAUUUUUAUAUUUCAUUACAAAUUGACACAACUUCUCUUGAUAUUACUUACGUAAUUAAUGUUGUGUCCGCCUAAACUUACUAAAUAAACUAUAUUAUCUGAUUCUAAAUUUGAACCCGAGAAAUAUGAUUAUUAUACAUGAAUGUGGUAGAAAAGUGCCUGGAAAGAUCUCGAAUGGUGCCGAAUGUAUGCAAGGUUUAUGCCUUAAUAAGGUAGGAUUAUAGGUAAGAUUGAAAAAUGCGACUGUUUAACCUGCUGUGCUGUCAGAAAAUUUGUUUCUUGUGAAAUAUCAAGAACAUUUUAAAUUUUUUGGACACUCUUCAUGGAUAUUGACCAUUAUGCUACUAUCAAGAAGUCCUCUUUCAGAACUAAUAAACAGCACUUAUUAAAAACUUGCUAGAAAUUAUAAGUGUUUAGAUCUAAGAUUAUAUAUAUAUUUAUAAAUGUUUACAGUCAUUUGGAGUAGAUAUUUAGCUUCUAAGUGUCAGAUUCGCCUAAACGAAUUAAAUGUUAUUGUGUAUUAUAACUUAAAUAAUUCAGACUGUCCAAAACAUAUAACUUUUUGUAUCUAUAUAUUACCUAUUCGAUAGAUUAUUUACUACACAGCGGAAAAUAUUAGAAAACAUUGUAAUAUAAUUAUGUAUUUGAAAUUGAAAUAUAAUUAAAUGUGGUUAUAUAUUCACAGCUUUAUUCAAAUAUAAUAUAAUUAAUUAAUCAAAUUGUUAAUUCGAUGUACUUUUAGAGCAGAUAGUCAAUUUUAUUCUUAUGGGACAGAACUUUAAAACAAGUACAUAUGAAAUACAUAACAUAUUUAUACAUUUUCGAUAUAUUUACAGUUUCUGAGGCUGAGGAUUUUAAAUACUUGAAACAUUUGUAGAUUCCAUAAUUGUAACUGUGCCAUUUUGUAUUUCUCGUAUAUAUUUAAAACCUACUCUACCUUAAAAUACAAAUAUGUACCUAAUCUAAGAUAAAACUUAUCUUUUUUCGAAUAAAUGUUUGAAUGAUGAAA